AUGAUAGAUAGAUAUGAAGAAGAUUAUCUAUCUAUCUAUCUAUCUAUCUAUCCAAAGCAGAUUGUUAAUAUCUCUUUAUCGAUCCCUAGGUCAUCUAUCUAUCUAUCUAUCUAUCUUAAUGUUUUCAUAUUUAUCUUUCUUAAUGAGUUCGUAUCUAUCUAUCUAUCUAUGUAUCUGUCUAUCUCUCUAUCUAAGCAUGUACAUAUAUAUUUAAUUACCGAUUAUAUCUUUUUCAUAUCUAUCUAUCUAUCUAUCUAUCUAUCUAUCUAUCUAUCUAUCUAUCUAUCUAUCUUAAUGUUUUCAUAUAUAUCUCUUGUACAUAUAUAUUUAAUAUCUAUCUAUCUAUCUAUCUAUCUAUCUAUCUAUCUAUCUAUCUAUCUAUCUCUAUCUAUCGCAUCCUGUAAAUAUUUAUCUAUCUAUCUAUAUAUCGCAUCCUGUAAAUCUAUCUAUUUCUAUCUAUCUAUCUCUAUCUAUCUAUAUCGCAUCCUAUCUACAUCUAUCUUAAUCUUUCUUAAUGUCUUCGUAUCUAUCUAUCAUAUCUAUCUAUCUAUCUAUCUAUAUAUAUAUAUAUAUAUAUAUAUAUAUAUAUAUAAGCUAUAUAUAUUUAAUAUCUAUCUAUCUAUCUAUCUAUCUAUCUAUCAUCUAUCUAUCUAUCUCACCUCACCCUGCCAUAUUUAA